CACCGGGCGCUCAGCGCGUCGCCUCCGCCGGCUCCUCCUUGCGGCGAGGGGAGCGGGGGCGCGCCGCGGUCCCCGGGGCUGCUGGAGCGCCAUGCUCGGCAGGAGGCCCAAGAAAAGCCCGCAGGCGAAGGGCCGGGGAGCCGCGGUUGCCAAGCAGCUGGGGCUGUUUGUAGAUUUCAAUCCUGAAGAGAUGCUGCUGGGUGCAGAGGAAGGUGGUGAUGAUGGGGACCUAGAAGCAGAGCUUGCUGCUAUCACUGGAGUGAAGGCGACAGAAGGGAAAGCAAAACCAAAAGGGAAAACUCCUCUGCCCAUGGAUCAUAUUGAAAAGAUGGCUGCAGAGUGUAUGAAGGACCUGAAUGAAGAUGAGGAAGAAACAGAGGAUGACGACCUAGAGAAAGAUACAGAUCUAUUGGCAGAAUUGCAAGAAGUCCUUGGGGAAGAAGAUGAGACAGGAAGCUGUGAGGAUGAAACAAUUGCAAUGGAGUCAUCUGCAGUUCAACCAGAAAAUGAGCAACCUGAAAUGCAACCACAGACCACCUCACUUACUGCUGUUACCUGUGAACUACAACAGACAAUAGAGAAUAGAAUUGCUAACUAUAGGACAGCAAUUUCUAAUGCAAAGGAGUCAGGUGAGAGUGCCAAAAUACGCCGAUAUGAAAGAGGCCUUAAGACAUUAGAAACCAUGCUGGCUGCAAUGAAGAAAGGCAAAAAAGUUAGCGAGGAAGAAAUUCCACCUCCUGUUGCAACAGGAAAGAGUUCUUCUCAUGUACCUCAAGCCACAGGAACCGAAUUAGAAAACUUAAGAGAUUCAGCCACUGUCCCAGCAGAGAAGGGAGUGGAGUCUGCUACAGAUCGUGAGCAGAAGCCCUCCCAUGAUGCAGAGCAGCAUCUGGAAUUGGAGUCUCAACAGGGUCAUGCUGCUUCUAGUUCUACUGUGGAAACAGAUCUCCAGAACAGCAGUACUCGGGCACUACUACUUAUGAGGCAGAGAGAGUAUAAAGUAGCAGCUCUGAAAGCCAAGCAACAGGGGGACCUGGAGAAGGCAAAGGAGUACAUGAAGACAGGCAAGAAAUUUAAUGUGGUCCUGGAAGCUUUGGACAGUGGGCAGCCAAUAGACCUCCAGAAUAUGCCACCGUCUCCUCGAGAUCUUGAAAGCCUACAAACUACGUCUAAGCAAAUGGUACCAGCUUCUGUGGGGAGUUCCCAGGAUCUUACAACACCUGGACCUCAGACUGAAGACAGUUCAGCUUACCUGCAGCCAAAAACAGUGCUGGAAGCAUUGCAGCAAAGGCUUGAGAAGUACAAGUCAGCAGCAGCCCAGGCUAAAGCAAGUGGGGAUGAUCGGAAAGGCAGGAUGCAUGAGAGGAUAGCCAAGCAAUACCAGGAUGCCAUAAGAGCCCAUAAAGCAGGGAGAAAAGUGAAUUUUUCUGAGUUACCUGUUCCUCCUGGUUUUCCUCCUAUUCCUGGUGUUGCAACAACAGAUGGUGACAGCACAAUAGCUGCCGUUCUGGAAAGUGCCAGCCAGCUGGCAAACAUGGAGGAGAACGAGGAAGAAGAGGAGAAUGAAUCUCUGACACAGGCCCCAGUUGCCAAGAAGCCUGCUCAGCUGCCUGGAAAGCCGACACAAGUUGUUAAGCCGGUAACAGUGCCAUCUGCCGUAGCUGACGAGGAGAGCUCUCCCGAGCACGUCAAAAAAUCCACGUCACCUUCCUCCCCGGACAAGGCAGUGUCAGUGGAUCAUCUCCCUUCAGCUGCUAGGGAACAGCUGGAAUUUCUGGAGAACAGAAAGAAGCAAUACAUGAAGGCAGCCGUCAAAGCAAAGAAGGCAAAUAACCUUGAACAGGCUAAAAUAUAUCUCAGAACAGCAAAGAGCUUUGACCUAAAGAUUGAGCAAGCAAAAUGUGGCAAACCUGUGGAUAUUUCCAAGCUGCCAUCACCCCCUACAGAUGACGAGGGUGAUUUUAUCUUCAUUCACCAUGAAGAUGUGAGACUGUCCCAGAAAGCAGAUGAAGUAUACACACAGCUCAUAAAACUGCUGAAGGACCAAUAUGAGAGGUGUCUGCAGUAUUCCAAGCAGUUCAUGCAUCUGGGAAAUGUGACAGAAACAAGUCGGUUUGAAAAACUGGCACAAGGUUGUAAAAAGGACAUGGACAUCCUACAGCUUGCACGAGCACAAGGAAUGGAUCCUCCAAGCCAUCACUUUGAGGAAAGAACCUUUAAAAUGAUAAGGAUAUUUGCUGAGCUCAACAGCACAGAAAUGCACCUUCUUAUUGUCAGGGGCAUAAACCUACCAGCUCCACCAGGUGUGGCACCGAGCGAUUUGGAUGCAUUUGUGAAGUUUGAAUUUCAUUACCCGAAUGUGGAGCAAGCUCAGAAGAGCAAAACAGCUGUAAUUAAAAAUACCAAUUCUCCAGAAUAUAAUCAGUUGUUCAAACUGAACAUCAACCGAAAUCAUAGAGGUUUCCGACGAGCGAUUCAGACCAAAGGAAUUAAAUUUGAAAUAUUUCAUAAAGGGUCCUUUUUCAGAAGUGACAAGCAGGUGGGGACGGCGCACUUGAAACUGGACAAGCUGGAAUCAGAAUGUGAAGUUAGAGAGAUCAUUGAGAUUUUUGAUGGCAGAAAGCCCACUGGAGGGAAACUGGAGGUAAAAGUGAGACUCAGGGAGCCUCUCAGUGGUCAAGAUCUUCAGACGAUUACAGAGAACUGGCUGGUCCUUGAACAUUAGUUCAUAUCUGAGGAACAUUACAAGAUGUGGGAUGAACAUUGUACAUAGAAAGAUGCUGCUAGCUGCAAGCACCAAAGAUGUUAAAUGAAUGCACUACUGAACCUAAUGUCUAUUUUGGUAACAGCCAUAGUGCUUAUUAAUAACUUUUUAAGGCAAAUGUAAGGCUCUGGAAAUUUGCUACUGCAGGGGAACGUUAAUAGUCUACACAAAAUAGACAGAACUGCCUUAAUGUGGGACUACUAAUGUAGCACCAGGAUGAAUGUUCCAUUAUCUAUGCAUAGUGGUGUGUGGGAGGUUUAGCCCCUUAAAAAUCCCCUGAGGCAGAGCAAAAGCUUUUCAGUCAAGUCACAGGUAAGACCUUUUACUAGAAUUCAUUCCAUUCAGUGUUCGAGCACCCAACAUGGUACCGUGAACACAAUCUGCUGCCGCUUUUUCUGUUCCCUCGUACCAAGGCCUGUUUGUUUUUUCCUGACAGUUUCUUGGAACAGAGGAAGGAGAACUCAGUUCUCAAACACCAGUCUAGCAGCAGCGUGUCCCCUGCUCUAUGCAUGCUACUGCAGCAAGCAGUUAAGUGGGAUAUUGCCUUUAAUGUGAGAAUGCAAGACUUCUUAGCAGUGUGGGUUUGCAGAGCUACUUUUUUUGUUCUGGCUACCAGUUGUUUGCCGUGCUUGCUACACUGCUUCCUCAGUGCAGCCUGGGUACUGUGCCUUCAUCUUUCCACAUCACUCCCCAGCCUCCUUUUUUUUUAAACAGGUUAUACUAUACUGCUGCUUCCCAAAAGUUCAUUCUAUUUUUACAAAAAUAGGCUUUCACAGUUCUACCACGUGAUGGGGAAAAUAGCCACUCUUAAUCAUGUAGAAAACUGGAUUAUGACUAUUUUCAGGAGUGUAUUUGAUUAGCAGCCUACAAAAAAAGGUACCAAAUAUGUUUUGUAUUCUUAAAUCUCUGUGGACUAACAGAAAUGAAUGAUCUCGAAGGAGAGGAUGUGCUUGCACUAGGGAGUCAGAGUGCUGCUGCAACAGCUAUUUAGUUAGGGCAAGUUUGUAGCCAGAAAAGGAGUCCGGAGAAGUAAGGCAGCGCUGCCUCUGUCUUCCUGAGGGGAUGAAGACAAUACAGUAUUUAGUUUUUAAUUUCAAUAAAUUUAAUAUACAAAACUACAUGUUGAAAAUAAAAAUAUAAUAUGCA